GAAGGAGCGAGCUGCCGUCAGUAGUCGAGACGAACCCGCACAGGCAUCAUGUGGUCUCUGGCGCUCCUCACCGUCCUCUGCUGCGCCAGCGCCGUUGUCGGUCAAGAUGUGGCACGACCGUCCUGCGAUGACCCGGAAGUGGAGGCUGCCUAUGAAGAUCCCAGCGGAUGCGACAGGUACUUUCUCUGCUCGAACGGAACGCUGACCGAGGAGGUAUGUGAGAACGGACUGCUCUUCUCGGGCCGCGGGGCCGUCCACGAGCACUGCGACUACCACUGGAAUGUCGACUGCGGAGAGCGGCCCUUCGAGCUGACGCCGGCCCGCGACGGCGCGUGCCCCUACAGUUUCGGCAUCUUCCCGUCGGGAGAGGGCUGCGCCGACUACUCCAUCAAGUGCGCGUUCGGCGAGGCCGAGCCGGACCUGUGCGAGGAGGGUCUGGCCUACGACGACCGGAACCACGCGUGCAACUGGCCCGAUCUCAUCCCAGAGUGCUCCAUCGGCGACGCCGAGCACCUGGUGGGUUUCUCGUGUCCCAGUCAGAUCCCGGUCGGUUCGGCGUCGAUCCGGUUCGGUCAGUUCCCCCGGUUCGCCACCGGUCAGUGCGACAGACUGGUGACGUGCGUCAACUACUACCCGCGGCUCAUCAAGUGCCCGCCCAGCCAGUCGGUGGACGACAACUCACUGACCUGUGUCAGCAGCGAGCUGGUGCCCGGCUGCGGAGUGAGAAAGUAAGCAGACAUAUUCGACAGCUUUAACGAGAUUGCGCAUCAAUGAAAUGAGAAGUUCCCUAAGAAAACUUCAAGCUGUGCAGGAAGUACCAGCCCAGCAAUACGCGUCUGCUGUGUAACUAUGGCAGAUGGUAGCUAAGUACUAUGACGAAGAAUUGUUCAUUGUCGAUAUGUAAACGCAGCAGAUCGCCCUUAGACUGUGUGAACACAAGUCACAACAUGCACUGUAAAUCGAGGAUGUGCUGGUAAUAUUCUCCAAAUGUAAUACAUUUUAACAGUA